GCAGAAAGAACUCUCCACACUCGUUCACUGUCACUCUCCCAACUGUGCUUGUGGCUUCUGCAUGGUUUGGUGCCCGGAAACAAUUCCUGAUUCCCACUUCCCCCUCCAUUGUUAAAGAGUUCCAUGGUAUGUAUAGUUUGCUCAUCUUCUAAUUAACGCCAUUUAGCUCCCAGAAAAUGAAUCUGUUAUUGUUUCCAUCCAAGUCCGCAUGCUAUAGUAUACUGUGCUGUGAGCCCUAAGUGCUCUGAAUUGUUCUUCGCCUGUAUUUCUUCCUUCUGAACUUCUAUACCAUGCCAUUUCUUAUUUCGAUUCAUGAGAAUAUGCGGUUACUGAGCAAUACCACGUUUGUAGAUUGUUGCAUGCUAUCUCUUGUUAUUUCACCACAUAUAUGAUUGAAUCAUGCUAUUCCCCUGUUGUGAUUAUUAUCUGUUUCUGAAAAAGGGAGGAAGAUGAUGUCCGGGAGUUCACAAGAGUCCAAGAAACUCAAGAGGAUCCAUGCAGUUGACAGACUGAGCGGCCUUCCUGACAGCAUCCUUCAUCACAUUAUCUCGUUCCUCGACUCGAAAUCUGCAGUUCGAACCAGCCUUCUGGCGAGGAGGUGGAGAUGUUUGUGGAAACAUGUUCCUGUCCUCAAUUUUAUCCAGAAAUCCUUCCCUAACUUGUCGAGUUUCACAAAGCACAUACACAGGAUCUUGUCUCUCCGCUUCCAUCAGAUCCCUGUUAGCAGCAUUACCUUCAAAAUAUGUGGAGAUAAGUGGGGAGGUGCUAUGAAAACAUUUGAAAAGAUCAUGAGAUAUGCUCACUCUCACGGUGGCGGCGGUCUUCACCACUUGUCCUUUAUCGAUGACAAACUGCAAUUCAACAUCAGAGAGGUGGCGGAUGCCAUCGCUGCUUCUCAUCAUAAUGAAUCUCUCAAGAUACUCAUGUUGAGGAGAUGCACUCUCGAGAGGGAAUUCGAUUCGCACUUCAAAUUGCUUACGAUUCUUGAGCUGCAUAGAUGCGACCUGAAACCUUAUCCUGCUGGGAAGUUGUUUGAUCCAUUUGCUAAUUUACCUUGUCUGAGCCACCUGAAGUUAAUUGGAUGCCUUGUAUAUCAUCAUGACACUAGGUUUAUGAUUUCGGGACUUCAGCUGCUUGUCCUUGAAAUUCAUUUUUCAGGUUCCAUCAGUGAAGUGCGUGCUCCAAAGCUGAAAUCUUUAUAUUGGUGGGGUAGUAGAUCGCGAUAUCUCCCCAAACUGAAUCUUCCUGCCCUUGAUCAUGCAAAUAUCCAUCUUGGUUGGCACAUGACAUGUGGGGAUGCAGCACUGGAAGAGGAGAAUCUCUCAUUUAUGAAUUUAUUCUGUGGUCUCCGGAAUGCAGAGAGUCUCCAGCUAUGUUUCGAAAAGGCCAAGUAUAUCUAUCAUAAUGUUGAACAACACUUUCCUCUGAACACAAUUAAGGCGUUAAUAGGUCCUGAAGCCCCUCCUUUCACCAGGUUGAAGAGCUUGAAGAUACAAUGUGCAGGUCAACAGAAACUGCCAAACAUACAUUACGAAGUGCUUCACUAUUUCUUUGAAGGCUCGCUUAGUUCAGAAGCGAAGCUUCUUCAGUUUGAGCUGGUUAAGGAGAAGCAGUGCUGAUUCUGCACCGGUCAAAUGGUGUCAAGUUAAGUACUAGUCAUGUUCUCAAGUUGAAUGUAUGAUGGCCAUGAUGCUAGGAGAUGACUUGGAUGAUGCAUUGUGCUGCUUUUGGGUCUUGUCAGCAGCCUCCAAGCUUAAUAUUUUGCGACUUUCCAACUCGAUGGGAUGAACGAAGUAUGGUCGACUUUGUGCUGGUUUGCGCUCAUCGAGGCGGGUAUUAUGUAAGUAGCUGCGGCUAAGGAAAUGUAGGGAUAUUAGAUGGUGGCAUGCUUAAAUUUUGUAUUUUGUACAGAGCAUGUUGUGAUUAUUAACCGAACACAACCAUGCUGAAAUAGCAGCCAUGUAAAGACCCUUUUUUCUGCUUCUCUUGUGUAGGCUUUUGUACAUGUAGUGUGGAAUACAGGGGAAUCUAGAUG